GAACAGCGGGAAGGGAGUCCAAGUUUUCACUGUGUAGGAUGUGGUGGCUGUGCUGGUUUUCCGCCCAUUUUUACGAGAUGUAAUCGAUAUCUGGAUGUAUACAAGGUGUUACGGGACAGGUGACACUACACAUAUAUUUCUAUCCUAAAGUGCUCAAAAGUGCAGUAAGUGUAUGUAUGUGUAAUCCAGUGGUCACAACAACAACUACCACCACUAUUUAAAGAGAUAAGUAGUGGGUAAGUGAAUAUUUUGAAAAGUACAAGUGUGUUAACAAAUCAAGUGUCUCAAGUGAAGCUGUUGAUGUGAAGUGCGUCACUCGUGUCUCAUUAUCGGGGUGAAGUGUGUGUGAAGUGUUCCUUAUAAAGUGUUGGGGGGCCACUUAUAAAGCCUCUUAAGUGAUGAUUGAAGUGUUGAGGCACUUAUACUGCCUCUUAAGUGAUGAUUUAAGUGUUAAGGCCACUUAUAAAGCCUCUUAAGUGAUGAUUAAAGUGUCGGGUGCAGUGUUGUGUAGUGGUGAUGUAGGCAGGGUGUGGCUGCAGUGUGUGGUGGGUGGAUGUGGCCUCAGGUAUGGUCAACAGACCUGAUCACAUUAGCUGGAUCAACAGCUACCAGAGGUUGGUAUACCCGCACGGUGUCUCCGGGAGGCCACUGGAGGCCGGUACCUCACUGUAAGCUGCUGGUACUCCUGUGUGAGGAAGCCGUAGAGUGUGAGCCAUGAGAGAUGUGGACGGUGCGUUGAAACACAGCAAAGUCAUGUCGUCACGAGAGCGGUCAGCAGCGAAGGACCGUGACCGCGAGAGGUUGAAGCAGCAGGCGCGAGAGAUAAGGGAGUUCCAGGUGUCGUCGGGACUACAAGAGAGGGACCCACAGCCGGUGGUGUUCGACGUAGUGCGUCGCUCUCCUAACGUCAGUAUCCACGACAACAACGUCGAGCGCAUACUAGGCAAGUAUGACAACUUCGCCAGGUGUGGCGGCAGUAAGAUUAACAUGGUGGGCGUGGACCAGCAGCCGCCCACGCCCAAGCCCCUCCACGACCCUGACGCCCUCAAGUUCCCGGGGCCACAGGUGCCCGGCCCUGGGUCGUCCAAGUCGUCACAGCGGUCACUCCCGCCCCCACAGUCCUCUCCAAACGGCACCACGCGGCCGCCCAAGCCGCUGCCUUCCUCCAUCAAACCACCUCAUCCGCCCUCCAACCACGCCCACACUAAGAAUGGCGAAGUGAAGGGCAACCUGAAGGGUGGGCCGGGACCUGGGCCGGGCGAUGGUGGGGGCGGCAGGAAGUCAACGUUGGCUCUGGCCAAGGCCUCCCUCCCGCCCAUCAAGGUGGAGGGCGGGGCGGGGGCGGCUGUGGACAAAACCAUCCAGCAGAUAAUGUCAGAGAUGACGGUGAAGCAUCCCAUGUCCGCCAUCGUGCACACCCCCACACACCACCAAGACCACAGCUUCUUCUCCAGCAUGGUGGGCCUCAAGGAGUCCAAACCUGCCCGCAACUCUUCCCACACUUCCGACAGGCUAGGCAAAGGUCUGGAAAUGUCACGUUCAAAACAACCAAAAGCCCUAGAGGGAAGCCAUGUCAACGAUGAGCUUAUCUUAUCAGAGGACAGCGAAGACGAGGAGAGGGAAGGUGGGGCAACCAAUACCAGACCUCUACUUUCCACCACCCAGUUUGGCACCCCUGCUGGCCACUUACAGUCCUCUCUAGGAGGUCACACAAAUUCAGUUCCCCCACUCUCGCCAAUUUCACCAAAGACGUCGGAGGAAUCUUCCACCUCGGACGACACCAGCGAUGACUCGGAUGUGUCGUCUGAUGAUGAGCAGCCCGAGUGCUCCCCAAAGCCAGAAGAGGGCAACUCCAAUGCGUGGAAGCUGGACAACUUCAUCACGCAGAGGAAGACCAACUCUCCUUUAUCACAGGGGAUUGCCGCUGCUGGGUCAGCGUCGGGGCCUCGGCCCGAGAGCAAGCCACAGAUGGAGGUUACGCCGCCCACUCUGCCAUCUAAAGAAAAGCGGGACCGUCGCGUCAGCAAGCUGCCCUCGGCCUCCAACCCCUGUGGUCGUGGCACUCGGGCUAGUCUGGAGCUGAGAGGGCGAGUCAAGCCAGAAAAAACUGGGGUUUAUGACGACUCCUCAGAUGAAAGAGAGCCACACCCUCGCAGGACUCCCUGUAUAUCUGCGGAGCUACGGCAGACGCCAAAGCAUGGUAAGGACCACGAAUCCAGGGCCAGGCAGUCGAAGACGAAGGCGGCAUCCUGCAGCCGUCUGCUGUGUUCAGACAGUGACUCCGACUCAGAGCCAGGCAGUCCCAGAAAGUCUGGAGCGACUCAGUCGUCGGGUAGUUGUAAUAGUGCCGGUAAAGGAAUACCAAAAGUCUCCGAGAAAAUUCCAAAAACUAAUGUUAGCCAAAUCUCGCGGGAGCCAAACAAGAAGCCCCCGAGGAAGAAAUCUGACUCCUCAAAGAAAGACAGUCAUAUAGGUGCCAAAUCUGAGAAUGGAAAAUCAAAGCGUGAAAGAAAAUCCAUGGAGUUCGUACCAUCUGACAUUGACACUGACUCUGACAGUGACAGCAUUAUUGAUGUAGUGAACACAUCCCCUGAUAAGUUACAAUCUAGGGUGACACCGUCGUCACAGUGUACUCCAUCAAGGACACCUAAAGGUGUUCCCAGUCCUGUGAAAUCAGUCCAGGCAAGCCCCCAUGUAUCUACCAUGAAUGUUAGUGCUACGUAUAAGGACAAUGUAAAAAGAUCCAAUGGUAGAGGACUUAGUGAAGCCAUAAGUUCAGAAUCAUUAACAAGUAAAAGUGAGGAUGAAUUACACUCUCCUUCUGGUCGAGGCCAGAGUAGUUCUCAAAAAGUGGAUGUUGCAAGAGACAAGGGGGCACUGGUGAACCGGGCAUUUAGCACGUCGGCCAAGAAAGACAAAGGGGGACGGGAAAGGGACCCAUUGGAAAAAAAUAAGAAAGGGAAAAAUUUAAGUGAAAAAGUUAGUUGUAAUAAUAAAGACACAAGUGAGAAAAGUAAGAGAGAGAGAAGUAGAGGUGUGAGUGAAUCAAGUUGUGUGGACAACAGAUUAGAGGUGAGGCCUAGUGCUUCUCCUGUAGUGAAUAAGUUGUGCAAGUCUCCCAUAGUUAGUGCAGAACCAAAAGUGCCCAUACCCCAGGUACAAUAUGAAAAUGGUGUUCCAAAACUCACAUGUACAAUACCCCUUAGCUUUAUUGAAAAAGUGCCCAAAUCUAGUGUAAAUGGUGCAUCGUAUGUAUGUAAAACUGAAGUCAAGGAAGAGGUAGAUAAAAAGAAAGUCCUUGACAAUAGAACUAAAGAAGGGAAAGGCAAAAGAAAAACAUGUGACCCUAAUACUAAAGCGUCUGAAGAUGCGUCAAAGCGAAAAAUAAUUACGUCCAUAUUUGGUGGUGUUAAGAGAGUAGACCAUGAGAGUGAUGAUGACAAGGUGAAGAAAGAAGUGAAGAAGGAGAAGAAUGACAGUGAUGAGGAAUAUGAAAAUAAUGAAGUAAAGUCAUCAUCUGUCAGUGUGAAAGAGGAACCUGAAGAAGCAUCAAUGGGUCGGCCAAGCAGCAUAAGACAACGUAAUGUGUCUGCCAGCCCCAUGUCCUCUGUGUCUUCAGACACCUCAAGUUCCAGACAAUACAGAAAGAAGAAGAGAGACAGACAGACAGAAAAGUCACCAUCUUCUCGUGAUAGAAAAAGGCCAAAAAGUAACAGUGAACGUCAGCCUCCAGAGUACACAAGUUUAGUGGCUGGAGGCAGCAACUCCUGUGACGACUGUGACCUUCGCAGAAGUAGAAGAGAUGGCAGCGUGGAGAGUGAACAAUGUGCUUCAUCAAGAAAACGAGGACAUGAUAGCAGCUUGGAGAGCAUCAGAAGCAGCUCCCGGAACAACAAUGAGUCUGGAGAAAAACGUAACAAGAAACCAAAGGUGUCCAAGAGCAAGGAUCCUGGUGAGGCUGCUGUUGGUAGUCCCAGCAUAAGGUCGGCUAGUCAACGCACGGCUGAUGAUAGUCAACAUGCCUGGACUCAAGAGAAAGAAGAUUCCUGGCAACUGAAAUAUCCUCAAAGACUCCAGCAUUCUCAACAAUCUAGUCAGUAUCCCCAGAAGGGCUACAAUGGUGUGUCAGAAGAUGCUGGGGUGAACCCUGAGCCAGAGUUUGGUGAAGAUGAUGCUGCUGCUGCUGUUGCUGCUGGUAGUGGCUCACGCUCCUCUCACCAAAGAAUCUAUGGCAAAGACAAAGCUGAAGAAAGUGGUACAACUCCAAGUGCUGACAGUAAUGGCUAUGCUUCACGACCAGCAUCAGAACAUGAGUCAAGAGUUGGCAGUGCCUCGUACAGAUCAUCUGGUGACCAGACCAAAACCUCUGACUCAGGCGGAACAGAUGCUUCUUCAUCUGCUGCUCAGUUGGACAACAGUGCUCCAAUGGUCGCACCAUUAGCCCAAAGACAAUCUGCCUCAAGUACCACUUCCUCAGCUGCUCCUGCUACCUCUGCCCUCGCCACUGCGAGACCACCUUCUGAACAAUCACUACUGCAUGGACACUAUGCAAAUUCACAAGAGAGACUGUAUGCUUCAUAUUUUGAAAGGAGAUUACCAGAGAUUAACAGGGAUUAUAUGGGGUAUCUGAACAUGGCUAAGCAGCUGAAGCACAUAGCUGAUGGGGAGACAGAUCGCUCUAUGCAGGCCAUGAAGUACCUGGAGGCAGCACUGUACUUUAUACUCAGUGGGAAGGCUAUGGAGACUGACAAUGAUACUUCAGCAUCACUUACCAUGUACAAGGACACUCUUAAUUUUAUCAAGUGGGUAUCAUCAGUAUUCAGAAGAGAAAAUCAAGAAGGAUCCAUCAACACAAAAUUAGCUGUUAUUAGUUUGCGAUGUCAGAGUUUACUGUCACUAAAGAUCUACAAGAUGAGGAGGAUCGAGCACAAGGAGAACCAGAGGCAGCUCAACAGAUACUUCCAGAAUUAUAAUAAAACUGGAGGUGUGGAAACAGCUGGCAGCAAUGGUCAGCAGUGGGGGGGUCAGCGAGCCACUGGCUCUCCUUCCCACUUGUCUCAAACCCCCUCACCUGCUGGAUCUGUUGGCUCAGAAGGCUCCCAGUCAUCAGGCUACACCACAAGCACGGAGGGCACCCGCUCUAAGGGAGGCAUUGCUCCUCCCCCAGUUGGCCACACACCCCCUCAUCCACAACCACCUCAGGGGGCACAUGCCACAGUACCUGUUGUACCCGUGCCUGUUAACAUCCAUAACCUUAUCAUUAAGCAGAACCAGCUCUCUAGCCACCUUGCCUCAGCCCAUGAUAUGUGGAUAGAAGCUGACCAUUACGUCUUUCAAAACGGCAUGCAAGAUUUCUUCAUAGAGCUGGACCGUCAUGUUAGUCCAUUGACCCUCCACUCUUCCCUGUACGAGCUUGUGUGUUACGUGCAGUAUGGCCUCCACCGACUCAAGGACUAGCUGCUACGGUGCACAUUUAGGUUCUGCCACCACUGUUCUUCACACCCAGGGUUUGCUUGGCCACAUCCAACCCCCUGCCCCAGCACAACUUUGGGAGAAGAAAUAUAAAGAGAUUCAGUAUAAUGGAACCUCUGGUGUAGCAAUCUCAAGAAGCCUGAUUUCCUGCACAGCUCGCUAUGCCUUGUCAUCUGAGAAGUUUACAUAUACAUAGCGUCUUAUGAAGCAACUCUUACCACAGGAUCCAGAUACUCAAGGAAAUAACUCUCAUAAGUUUUGAUAGAUACGGUAGUGUACAGUACUGUAGUGCAGUGCUAAGUGAAAUUUUUAUAGGUUGUUCUCAGAUCUCAUUGAGAUGGAAAGUAUAAGAUAAUAGUAGCUAACAAGUACUACAGUCAGUGUGGCAAAUACAUGAGGCUAACGAUAUAUCCUGCUGGUUAUGUACAGUAUGGGGGCCCAAGAUCCCAAAUAUUUGGCUUCCUGGUGUGACAACUGUGAUGCCUUAUCAUUAAAUUUAGUUAUUGAUGGUUUUCUACAAAUAGUCUCAAUGUUUUUAUUAUUAUUAUAAUUAUUAUCAUUAUUAUUAUUAUUACUAUUAUACUAUUGUUAUUAUUAUAUUAUUAUUAUUUUUGUGUUAUACUUCCCACCCAAAAUGUACAAAUUUGCUGAGAGGUCCAUGUGUGUGAAGACAAUGCCUUGUGUGCUCUUAUGAUGUUAAAGUGCAUUCAUGGCCAUUCUCCAGAGAAGUGCUCCAAAACCACUCCUAUGUUAUGGUACUUGAGAGUAGUUCUAGUAUAUGGCCAGAUCAACAUCUUGGAUAUUGAUCAUGACACUGGGUAAAGUAUCAAAGUUGGUUGCCUGACCAAUAGAGAUCUCUUUUUUAGCUGUGUAGCUGUAGACUCUUUGGCGCAUAGUGAUUCUUGAAGAAAACUGGAAAAAGAUUCACUCUUUUUAGGCCAGCAGUGAAGUAACUUUGAUACAGAGACUGUAAUACCUCUUGUGGGGAGGUGAGACCGUGAAGAAAAUUAAUUUCUACACCUCAGGAAAUGCAUUAAUGGCAAUAAUGCUGAAUUGUGAGUGGUUUGUAGGACAUGCCAUCUCCUGAGUAAGUGUGGUCCAAGAAAUGGAGGCAGUGGUGUAAAGUCAAAGGUUGUGCUCCUGAGGGGUUGCUUUGCACCUGCUGUGCCCAUUGUACUCCUACCUGGUUCUGCUGGCCUGUUUGGCAACUUAAAUAAUAUAUUGUGGCAUGUAACUGAGCACACACUCCCUGCCAGAUGUAUAUUUUUGUACAUAUUUUGAGAUUUAAUAAUGGUACUGACAUAAAUAUGUUAAUGAUAUAGUACUUUGUACUGGGGUUAAAUUCCCACGAAAACCUUGAACUUUUGUAAGUAACGAAAGUUGAUAAUGACAAAUGUAUGGCAAUGUUUUCAAUUAUUUUGUCCUUUUAGGGCAAUAUUGUUAAGUAUACUUAAUUUUAUGGAUGCUCAUAUGCUCGUUAUAGAUGAUAUAAAGUUGAUAUUUGUACUUGUAGUCCUAAAUUAUAUUGAACCAUGAAUGCAUUAAAUUAUUUUCUUGUCACAAACCUAUAUGAGAUUUAUUCUCAUUCACAGAUGAAGGUCAUUUUUACUUUUUUCUUAUGGUUGUCUGUUUUAUAUCUCCUUUACUCUGGUUGCCACUGGACAUUGAUCAUGAGUGGGCUGUCUUUUCCCGUCCCUUAUAAUAGAUGCACUGGCAGCUGGCUUAUUUGAAGUCCUCCCAUAUUGUUUGGAUAAAUCACAAACCCUGUUCUCUGUGAUGAAAUAAUCAACACAACUACAACUAGGUGUCUUCAUUUCUUUCUGCCUUGUCACUCUUUCUCACUCAUUCAUAUCAUUUCAUACUUUAUAAUGGAAUAUUAUUCAUAUAUUGUAUAAUAUUUUCAUCUCAUUGAGUAGGUAUUUCACCUGAACUACAGGCAUUUUCUUCACGUUCAAGAAGACAGGUACGAGUGAUAGUUUUUCUUUUACACAAAUUUUGUUACUGUAAAGUUGUACUUCCUUUUGUCACGAUCGCUUACCAUGUUGAUAGCAGGUGGUAACCAGAGGUGGUUGAUGUGGGUAGGUGGUUGAAACCUCACUAGGGACACAAGCUCCUCUUGUUGUGUAAGCAAAUUGUCUUCCUAGUAUGCCCGAGCACUGGACGAUACCACCAUUCUGUGCGUUGUCACUUUUCUUUCAUAUUGUUCAUUCUCAAAUAUGUUUGUUAAGCCAUAUUGGCCAAGAUGAUCUUAACUAACUGUUGGUAAAUGGUUGACUUGAACCAGUGACUAACAUUGUUUGUUUACACAUUACAAAUGUUCCAUUAUGUAGUAUAUUUUGGUGGAGUUAGAAUUUGUGUCCCUGGUGAAAUGGGGCAGCUGAACUGCCAGGAUCAAGUUUAUAAGGUGACUGGACUGUGUGUGGCCAAGCAGGCAGUUGAUGCUGGCUGGCUGGAUAGCACUAGCUGGGUUAGUGAAUUAUGCUGCUGCCGCUCACUCUUGCUUUACUCGUUGACCAGGAUAAAUUCAGGUUCGAUAGUGACGUAUUGAUAUGUGGUUAAGACUUCCGUUAAACAGAAAUAUGCACAAAAUUAUGCAGUUCCCACAGGCUCUGAGUCAGUUAAAGAGAAAUAUGGAGUAACUAUUAUGGAUAUAUUUCCAAUGUUAAGGACAAUGUAGAAAUGUGAUAUGUAAGUGAGUAGUAAUGCUAACACAGUACAAUAUCCUUCCACGAGUAUAGUGGAUUCUGCGCCCCAUGCAAGUCUUCUUAUUGCUUUUUUAAACUAGCAUUAACAAUAAAUUCUCUCUUGUACUUAUAACUUUUCAAACAUCUUCACUCUGUUCCACUAAGGAACUGGGUAAAUCCCACUUAUAGACUUUCCCAAGUUAUGUUCUUCCCUCCAAGUGUGACAAUAUGUUGAUCUGCAUUAAUGGGGCGCCAGUGAAUUAUUGUUUUUACUAUGGAUCAAGACUGUGCCUCAGAGCCUUCCAGUGGCCAGGCCUUGGCAGGUAAGGGAAUCCUGCUCUUAUGUGCGAGUUACCACUCUUCACAGUCCCAACCCUCAACAUGAUUCACUCAUCUGAUCUAACCUGACCUGACCUACCCAUUUUCUGCUUUAAUCUUUCCUGUCAUCAUCAAUAAUUUGCACUUCCAUUCUGUUAAUUUUCUCCUGACAUAUUCUAACUCCACUUGUCUGUUGGCUUUUGACCUUAAUAUUGUAAUCUGUUGUCCAAGUUUUUACAUUCAUAUUAUUUAGAUUUUAGUUCUCACUUCUGGGCUCAUUACUUUUCCAGAUAAUUGUGUCCUUCACCCCUCCAUCUCACGACCAUCCACCAUUUUCACAUCACUUAGGAUUUCCCCUCGCAUAGAUUUAAUGGUACAUUGCCACUCCUCUGUUAUAGAAGUGAUCCCAGUUUUACCGCAUCCUCCCACCUACACAGUAACUGUGUGUAGCCUUGGAUGAGGAUGGCUGGGGUGUGGAGGUGCUCGGAGUGUGGCCGAGACUUCCCCCAACCACACAAACACUCAAACAUACAAGACCAUCUCUUACAGAAAGUGUCCUUCCUAUAACCCAUACUCUCUGACCUUAUUUAUUAUGACUUAAGUAGUGGUAUCAUUUCCGUGUUUGGGCGCCUGGUGUAGAGGAACCCAAAAGCUGUACAAAAGGACAGUCUUAUUUCAAAUCUAUGCCAAGAUUGUAUCUACAAUAAGUAAAUGAAUAAUAAAUAACACAUGCACAGUUUGCUGUUUUACAGAUAUAUCAUGUAAAUAAUAAAGUAUUUCUUAUGUUA